GCACUGUAUCUCUUCAGAUAACAAACAUCGGGUCUUCUACAGCUUCUUCUCCUCUCAAUUUCUUUGCAAUAUUUUGUUUAUAAACAUGACAACAGCAACUUUUGUAGAACUUAUCUUGGCAAUCAUCCUUCCUCCUCUUGGAGUUUUUCUCAGGUUCGGUCUUGAGACGGAAUUCUGGAUCUGCCUAGUUCUUACAUUUUUUGGAUACUUACCUGGUAUCAUCUACGCUAUCUUUGUUCUAACAAGAUGAUGAUGAUGCCUCCCGAGUAUGCGGUUUCAACUUCAUUUGCUCACAAUUCAUUUGGUGAAUUAGUAUUAUUGUUAUCCGAGAUCAUCCAUUUGGUGUCUGUACCUGCGUGUGCGCGUAAACGGCUCUUUUGUGUGUUAGUUAAUUAGGUGUGUUCAUUUUCUUUGUAAUUAUAAGAAGGGAUAUCCGUGUUUGUUCCCCAUAUUGGGCUUAAAUUUCAAUAAACAAACAUAAAAAUUGUUUCAUUUCUCCAUA